AUGGUCUUGUCCUUCAUCCUCAUCCAAAACCGGCAGGGCAAGACCCGCCUGGCGAAGUGGUAUGCGCCGUACAGCAUCCACCGCCUGAUCGCGCCGCGCGACCAAAAGCACCAGUCCAACUUUGUUGAGUUCCGGAACACGUCCAAGAUCGUCUAUCGUCGAUACGCAGGGCUGUUCUUCUGCGCGUGCGUCGAUACCAACGACAACGAGCUGGCUUAUCUCGAGGCAAUCCAUUUCUUCGUCGAGGUGCUGGACGCAUUCUUCGGGAACGUCUGCGAGCUGGAUCUGGUAUUCAAUUUUUACAAGGUCUACGCGAUUCUCGACGAAGUGUUUUUGGCCGGAGAGAUUGAGGAGACGAGCAAGCAGGUGGUAUUGACACGCCUGGAGCAUCUGGACAAGCUAGAGUGA